AUGUUUGAGAAUGAUAUUCAAAAUGAAGAAUCUCUCAAAAGGAAGGUAUUAUGUUUAAAUUAAAAAUAAGAUCAAUUUAUAAAAUAAAAAUGAUGAUAAAGCGAAUGAAAAUAUCUAAAAUUCAUAAGAUCAAUCAGAACUGAUCAGAUGA